UCAGGCCAGGCAGGCGGUUGACUUCGCAGGCUGGAAGUUGUGUCACAAAGUUGGGUGCCUCAGUUGCUUCGUGGCUGGGAACGUACGCGCUUGUCUUUGGGGGCUCUCGACCAGAAAAUCAAUUAAAAGUUACGUGAAAGUGUCUCAAUCUCCGGGCAAAUUCCACAUUAAAUCCCACCGAGACUGCAAAAGUCGCUGCAAAGGCAACAAUUUGUGUGGGAUUUGACUGACGUCUCUUGGGGCUGCUAAUUGGGAUUCCCUCCAAUUUUCCGUACCAAAAACUUGCGUAAUAAAAAAGCUUGACGGGCUUGACUUUUUUAUUCUUUCCAACUUCUAUAGAACAUCCUGAAUCCCUCCGGGAAAUCAUUCUGGGAAAAUGCACAUCGAUCGUAGCAAAUUAAUUGGUGUGAUCGACGAAGGGACCAACACAGCACGUUUUGUGAUCUUUAAAGCCCCUCAUUUGGAGGAAUUGUGCUCACAUGAGGUGGAAAUAAAUCAAAUCUCCCCGUGCGAGGGAUGGGUUGAGCAGAAUCCCGAUGAAAUCCUCCAGGCAGUGCUUCUGUGUGCUUCGGAGGCGUGUCUGAAGCUCGAAGCAAUGAAGUACAGCCGCAAUGACAUUGUGGCCAUUGGGGUGACAAAUCAACGCGAAACAACGGUGGUGUGGGAUAAAUUUACCGGGAAGCCCCUCUAUAAUGCCAUCGUGUGGAAUGAUAUUCGUACCAAUGUGACGGUUGAUCGUGUCCUUGCGCGCUUUGCUGAGCAGAAUAAGGAUCACUUCCGGGAGAUUUCGGGUCUUCCUAUUUCUCCGUAUUUUUCCGCGCUGAAAAUUCGCUGGCUCAAAGACAAUAUCCGUGAGGUUUAUCGUGCCUGCCGGCAGAGACGUUGCCUCGCGGGAACGAUUGAUUCGUGGUUAAUUUGGAACCUCACUGGUGGCCCCAAUGGGGGUAUUCACGUGACCGACGUCACAAAUGCCUCACGCACGCUCCUGAUGAAUAUUGAGACCCUCGAAUGGGAUAAGCAGCUGCUGCGUGCCUUCUCCAUCCAUCCGGAUAUGCUGCCGGAGAUAAGGAGCUCCUCGGAGGUUUAUGGCGUCAUCAGGGACGGUGGGGUGCUCAAUGGGAUCAGUAUUAGUGGAGUUUUGGGCAAUCAGCAGGCCUCUCUUGUGGGGCAGAUGUGCUUCAAGCAGGGCCAAGCCAAGAAUACUUACCGCAGUGGGUGCUUUCUUCUGUGCAAUACGGGAAAUAGGUUUGUUCAUUCAACAAGUGGCUUAGUGACAACGGUUGCUUAUCAAUUUGGACGGGAUUCAACUCCUGUUUAUGCUCUUGAGGGUUCCGUGGCCGUUGCUGGGACAGCCCUGAAGUGGUUGAAGAAUAAUUUGGGAAUUUUGCGAGAAACAAUCACGGAAUCGGAGGAAAUGGCUGGCAAAGUUGCCUCAACGGGUGACGUUUACUUUGUACCUGCCUUCACGGGGCUCUAUGCACCCUAUUGGCGAAAAGAUGCCCGAGGAAUAAUUUGCGGCUUGACGGCAUUUACAACGAAGAAUCACAUUGUACGGGCAGCUCUUGAGGCGAUUUGCUAUCAAACACGCGACAUUUUGGAGGCAAUGAAUAAAGAUUCGGGAUUUACGCCAAAUAAACUUCACGUCGAUGGACCAUUGACGAAGAAUGAUCUCCUAAUGCAGCUUCAGGCGGACCUGAGUGGGAUUCCUGUCUUACGCUCAAAGGCAGCUGAUACAACAGCCCUUGGGGUUGCUGUUGCCGCUGGUUUGGCCGAUGGCGUCAAUGCGUGCGAUUUUCGUGAUGAAUUUCGCGAUAAAGUGGUUGUGCACGAUACCUUCCUGCCAACGACAACGCUGGAGGAGCGUAAUGCACGGUAUGCCAAGUGGAAGAUGGCCGUGGAGAGGAGCCUGGGAUGGGCUGUGACUAAGAAGAGUGGCGUCAUGACGGAUGAACGUUUCAGGCUUCUCUCUUCCAUCCCUGCGAGUCUCUUCCUCGUUGGCUCCUUUAUUAUGCUCGUGGUCUCACAAAUACGACACUAGUCCUCUCUUCUUUUUUUUUUGUUUUGUUAAAUUCCUGCCUCUGUUAUUCUUUUGUAGGGGAGACUGGGGUGAAAGUUAAGAGAUUAAGGCUGUAUUCAUUUCUUCCUGUUGUCUUUUGACUAUGUCAAUUUAUGAGAAGCUUUGUAUUGUAGCCGUUGUGGCGCUAAAAUGUUUUUUUUUCACGUAAAUAAAUUCAUUUUUUGGGUUUUUUUUGUCAGAAAAUCGCACAACAGAGUUUUAUAACAAAUCAAAAAAUCAAGCAUUUUUUCAAUAAAAGUUUUGCUUAGAAAUCUGUAGAAAAAUUGAAAAUGAAAUAGUUUCAGGUUAUGAAGAGAUGAAUCCAGCCUAAGGAUCUGCUAUAAAUUGCUAUAAAAUGGACAAACAGCGCCCUCAUUUCUCUUAGAGCUUGUGAUGGUGAAUCUCGAAAGUUCAGCAGUUUUAUAGCAAGAUCUUACAUCUUCUAUAAAAUGCCGAACUUUCAGUUUCCACCACCACAGUGUUUACGGAAGAUGAGGGCGCUGUUUGACAAUUUUAUAGCAGCUUGCAGCCGUUAACUUUUAAAACCCCGAAAUGUUAGAAAUUCAUAUUGCAAUUUCUCUUUAAAGUUGUUCCCAAAAGUCUCUCAAUUUCUGUAGCAUUCCAAUUUAGACCCUAACAUGGCGCUCUUACUUAUUCCCUCUCCAAAUUGUGGAUUGAUAUUUUGAUAUUUAUUUAAUAAAAUCUUUUUUUAAAGACACUGCAA